GUCAGGUUUGCGCACGAAAUCACUUGGUCUUUUUUUCCUUAGACCUUAAAGAAGAAGAAAUGGGUUAUAAGAUUGAAUCAGUUUUUAUAAUGGUAGGCAUUGUAUCAUGCCUUAUCUCCGUUGCGCAUGCUGCACAAGGAAAUGCCGUUUUCUAUGAUCCUCCUUAUACUCCCUCUAAGUGUUACGGAAACAGGAACGAUGGAGUUAUGGUUGCUGGGGUGAGUGAUGCUCUGUGGAAUGGUGGAGCAGCAUGCGGGAGAAAAUACAGGGUGUCGUGCAUACGAGGUGCAAAUAAAGCUCCAAAACCAUGCAAACAAGGUAGUGUCGUUGUAACAGUUGUCGAUUAUUGUAGAAGAGUAUGUAAUGGAGAUAUCAAUCUUUCGAAAGAUGCUUUCUCCCGGAUCGCUGAUCCUGAUGCUGGCAAAGUCGUAAUUCAAUACGACCAGGUUUGAAGACUUGUGGGAAAAAGCUGUUUCAAAGCCAAGCUGAUCGUGAUAGAUCGAGUUAAAAAUAAAAUGGCUGAUUAUGGAACUAGUCUAUUUCAUGGAUGAUGUACAACUUAUGUAGAACAAAAUAAAUCAAUCAAUCAAUCAAAUAAGAAUUAUCUCAAGUGAGAGACUUUGAGAUU